AACAACCCUGUAUUUAGCUUGUAAUUCGCUCGCUCUUUUUGACGUUUGUGCUGCGUGGAUAUUGCAGAAAUUGUUUUGUUUUCUUGCAAUAAAUCUUAAAUAAAUUACAAAAUGCGUCCGUUGAUGCUGCAAGGCCACGAGCGUUCCAUAACGCAAAUUAAAUACAAUCGCGAGGGUGAUCUGCUCUUCUCCAGCUCCAAGGAUCAGAAACCAAAUGUUUGGUACUCCCUCAACGGUGAACGUCUGGGAACUUAUGAUGGACAUCAGGGCGCUGUAUGGUGCCUGGAUGUGGAUUGGGAGAGUCGCAAGCUUAUCACUGGUGCCGGCGAUAUGACCACCAAGAUCUGGGAUGUGGAGUACGGCUCAGUGAUUGCUUCGAUUGCGGCCAAAUCUUCGGUGCGCACGAGCAACUUUAGUUUCUCGGGAAAUCAGGCGGCUUAUUCAACUGACAAGGCAAUGGGACAGAACUGUGAGCUGUUCAUCAUUGAUGUGCGCAAUGCCGAUUCAACAUUGUCGGAGCAGGCGCCUACACUGCGCAUUCCUAUGGUGGAGUCCAAGAUCACGUCGAUGUUGUGGGGACCUUUAGAUGAGACCAUCAUAACAGGUCACGACAAUGGCAACAUUGCCAUCUGGGACAUACGCAAGGGACAGAAGGUCGUGGAUUCGGGCACCGAUCAUACCGCUGGCAUCAAUGAUAUGCAGCUGAGCAAGGAUGGUACCAUGUUUGUCACCGCUUGCAAGGACACCACAGCCAAACUUUUCGAUUCCGAAUCGCUGAUGUGUCUGAAGUCGUACAAAACUGAGCGACCUGUUAAUUCGGCUGCCAUUAGUCCCAUCUUGGAUCAUGUGGUGUUGGGUGGUGGUCAAGAUGCUAUGGAGGUGACCACAACGUCCACAAAAGCAGGGAAAUUCGAUUCACGAUUCUUCCAUUUGAUCUACGAAGAGGAAUUCGCCCGUCUUAAGGGUCACUUUGGUCCCAUCAACAGUUUGGCUUUCCAUCCGGAUGGCAAGAGCUAUGCAUCGGGCGGUGAAGAUGGUUUUGUGCGUGUCCAGACAUUUGAUAGUACAUACUUUGAGAACUUUUUCGAGUAGUAGUCUAAGUUCCUGAGUGUUCCAAGUAGUUUUUUAGCGUCUAGCAACAACAUGUUCUUUCAAAUAUACGCGAGAACAAGACGAA